GAGUUUACAAAUAUAACAAAAUCACGUGUGCCCCGGCGGCCAUUGGUGAGAUCCCCGUUGAUGCUGCGAGUCGUAGGACGCGGUGCAAUCCUUCGGCGAGGUGGGAAGGUCACCUUUAUUUAACCGUACUCGUGUUCUAAGCACGGAAAGUAACAGGUUUGCUAAAGAGUAACGUAUAUCUCGGCAUCAAUCGAGAGUUCGCACCGACAAAAGCGGCUCGGAAAUGACGUCACGCGUCUACGUCGGACGCCUCAACUACGAAGUUCGGGAGCGAGAUCUGGAGCGCUUCUUCAAGGGCUUCGGUCGCAUCCGCGAGAUCAGCAUCAAGAACGGCUUCGGCUUUGUGGAGUUCGACGAUCACAGAGAUGCGGACGACGCUGUUUACGAGCUGAACGGGAAGGAGCUACUCGGGGACCGGGUCUCUGUAGAGCUGGCUCGUGGAAUCCGGCGUGGAGCAGACUACUAUCGCUCACGUGCUGCAUCCAGGUCCCCGCCAAGGCGCCGCUAUGGCCCACCAACAAGAACAGAGUACCAGCUGACAGUUGAGAACUUGAGCAGCCGUGUGAGCUGGCAGGACCUGAAAGACUACAUGCGGCAAGCUGGCGAGGUGACCUACGCAGAUGCCCAUCGCCUCCGCCGCAACGAAGGAGUUGUCGAGUUCGCCACAUACUCUGACAUGAAGAAUGCACUGGACAAGUUGGACAACACUGACCUGAGCGGACGGCGAAUCCGCCUCAUUGAAGAGAAGAGGCGCAGCAGGUCCCGUUCUCGUUCACGCUCCCGUUCUAGGCGCCGCCGCAGCCCAACCAGGUCUCGUUCAAGGAGCCGUCGCCGUAGCCGUUCCCGCAGCCCGGUCAAGCGCAGGUCUCGCUCCCGUUCUAGGUCCAGGAGCGCCAGCCGCCGUGGACGCAGUCGAUCAAGGUCCAGGAGUGCCAAGCGACGAAGCCACUCCCGGUCGCCUGUCAAGCGCCGUUCACGGUCCGCUUCCCACUCUCGUUCGCGCUCCCGGAGCCCGCCUCCGAAGCGACGCGCCUCCCGAUCAGCCAGCCGGUCGCGCUCACGGUCCCACUCCAAGUCGAAAUCAAAGUCCAAGAGCAAGUCCCGCAGCCGCAGCAAGUCGCCAGAGACCAACAACCGCCACCACUCGGCUUCUCGCUCCCGCUCCAGGUCCCAUUCCAGGUCCCGAUCCAAGUCUCCGAUCAAGAACAACGGGGACAACUCCAACGACAGCAGUUGAAGCGGCGUGCGGAUCUGCCAUUCACUUUUGCACAACUAAUCGAUGGGCAGGCCUUGCUUGCUCUCUUGCCAUUGUCCUCGCUUCCUCUUCAUGUUCUCAGGGCCUCCCAUACACCUGUCCUGGACUCUGUAUAUAGUACUACCUUGUGACCUGUAUAUUUUCAUUUACUGGCAUGUAAUAAAACCAUCAUGU